UAUACAUUGACACAAUACCUGCGCGUCUACUGUAACCUCUUCCCGAGCGGAUCAGCUCGACCUCUCCAGUCGCGUCGACGCCCCUCCGAGCGCGAGCAGCGGAGCUCGUCCUCUGCAGUCGGCAGUUGUAUCAACGGCUCAACGCCCCGCCCCCCGGCGAUUCUGCUCCUAGUCAGCAGGAAUGUACAGUGGAGCUUCUACCUUUGAUGACUACAGGAAGCAGCUACAGAUUGUACUGCAGGAUCCUAGUGAAGAACCCGUGCCUCUGUCACUGGAUUAUUUGAAAGCCAUCACAGAUGGUUUUUCUUCUGAUCGACUAGUUGGCAGGGGUGGGUUUGGAGAGGUUUACAGGGGAGUUAUCGGGAGGGAGAAGUUUAUUGCUAUCAAGAAACUUUAUGCUGAACAUGUGGUUGAUGACAGCAAAUACAAAGCUGAGUUCAAUUCUCUAAUGAGGAUACGGCACCCAAAUAUAGUGCAACUUAUUGGUUACUGUGCCGAGACAAAGUUUGAAGCGAUGCCGCAAAACGGGGAACAUAUUCUUGCAGAACGACGUCACCGUUUGCUCUGUUUCGAGUACAUAAGCAACGGAAGUCUUCGUGACUAUGUUCUAGAUCUGGAUCUUGGCUGGGAUAAGAGAUACGCAAUAAUGGAAGGAAUUUGCAAAGGUUUAGAUUUCCUUCACGAGGAAUGCAAUCUUACUCAUAUGGAUCUUAAACCUGAAAAUAUACUGAUAGAUGAUGAUAUGGUUCCAAAAAUUACUGAUUUUGGUUUGUCGAGGCUCAGGGAUGCACAAAAAUCUCAAAUUUUAACUCAUACCCUUACCGGAACACUUGGAUACAUGCCACCAGAAUACCUACUCGAGGGCAAAAUAUCUCAUAAGACAGAUAUAUACAGUUUGGGUGUUAUAAUGUGUGAGAUAAUCACAGGCGAAAAGGUGCCCAUUGGCUGGAGUAUGGAAUUCACAGAGAGAGCUUGCGGAAGAUGGAUGAAAAUAUUUGAGAAGUCACUGAAUGAUGCGUCACUAAAGGAAAUAUAUAUCAAACAAGUAAAACAGCUGCUCGACAUAGCCCUAAAAUGUGUGGACCAUGACAGGACGAAAAGGCCUGGUUCAUCGGAAAUACUUAAUGCCUUUUACCCUAAUCCAGCAGGAAGAAGCUUGUGUGAAUCAAACAGCAACUAUGGACAGGUUAUCGAGCUCCUCAGUGUGCAUCCGCUGCAGCUUGAUUUCUCUUUGCCUGAGCCCAAAAAGCUACAUCGCAGCUCAUGCUCGCUGCACCUAACCAACAACAUAGAUGUACCUGUGGUCUUCACGCUCUUGCCGUCAGAGAGACUAUCAGCGCAUUUCUUGUCGCAAUCUGGUGUGGUGCCGCCGAAGUGCAGGUACACACUAGCUGUCGUAAUGCAUCACCAGCAAAAUCCACGGUUCGGCAACGACGACUUUUUCACACUGGAAAGCACCAAAGAGAGGUAUCAGGGCCUACGGAUCGUCGGCCCAGGAGCAUUGAUUACGAAAGCCAGAGAAAGGGGUCUUAAGGUGUACGAGGUGAAAAUAGCUGCUGUCUGUGCACAUACUGAUCCGCCAAUACGUCCUAAUUUAAAACCAGAGUUGGCUCGACGAGUUUCCUGGGACAGACAAGACGUAAAGCCUGAACUCAAGAUAAUGCCCGCGAGAUACCAUGAUUAUUGGAGCGCACAGGUAAUGUGUGUGCAUCCAACAGAGUCGUGGAUCCUGUGGCCAACCUUGUCUCGUUUACUCGAGGUAUGGGACUACGAUAGGAUGGAAAAGGUGCACUUCUGUUUUGCUCAACCACAAAGAGUUGACUGGAUUCCCAGUGAAGAGGCCGACGAUAUAUAUGGUGAUGCUGAUGGGCAGCUAAGCCUACCAACAGGGAUACCGAAGUUGGUUUCACGAAAGAGAUGGAUUUUGGUUGGGUCUAGCACUCAAUAUAGCAGACGAGAUGUUGGUUACAUAUAUGUGUACAGUUAUAUGGCAGUGAAAAAUUUCAAGGGAUCCAAAACAUAUAUAUUAUCAAAAAUAAAGAGUUUUAAGGCCCAUGAAAGAGGUAGUGUGUUAUUGGAAGUCCAUCCAUCUCGACCGUAUGUGCUGUCAUCAUUAGCUCAUGCUAAUUUACCCCAUGGGAAUGCACGAGUAGUGUGCAGCAUUAAGCUGUGGGACUGGGAGAGGGGCUGGGAUUGUGUUCAGACAUUUAACACGGAAGACUUUCCACGACAACUUAAAUUUAACCCAAAUGACCAAGAUACUUUUGUUACAUUUUUCGAAACGAAAGGUGCAGAGGUAUGGGAUAUUGAUUCUCCAAAAUGUAAAUCUAAGUUGCCCGGGACAUCCGCCGUAUCGUGUCUUGAUUUCUUUAUUCAAGGUGGAAAGCAAUACUUGAUCAUUGUUCGUCGCAAUCAAGAUAAGUUCACGAUAUGGGACUACGAUACAGGGACUCUUGUUGAAACUCUGAAAGAGAAGAAUAUAUCUACAGCUUGUUCCCAUCCUGAACUUCCGGUACUAAUUACAGGCUCCAUGAACGGAAGAGUCUCCCUAUGGAGCUCCAGUACGUUCAAUCUUGUGGGCGUAUUGAACUGUGAUCUUGGAACAGUAUAUAAUGUAUUCGGUGUGAAGGGAUCAGAAAGGAUUAUAAUAGGACAUGCACAUGGAAUUGCAGUUGUUGAAAUCGGCCAUAUGCUAGAAAGUGAAAGACCACAUGAGUCAGAGGGAAGUGAGAUUUGAAUGAAACUAUAUAUAUAUAUAUUCUGUUGACACAAAUGUGAAAUAAUGUCGAAGACACCUCCGAUCCAUGGUAUCAGGAUGCACCUGCGAGGAUGUUGCAAGGAUUGACAAGAAUGUUCAAAGAGCACUUCACAUGUCCUUACACUGUAAAUAAACUUAGUUUAUUUCUCAAUGGAUUAUUUUGCAAGACCACAUUAGCAGCAGUUUACAAGUGCGCACUCACCUUUUUAAGCGA